GGGUACACGAGGCAGGGGCUGAAGAUCGGGGUGACCCAACCGCGCCGCGUGGCCGCCAUGAGCGUGGCCGCCAGGGUGGCCGUGGAGAUGGGGACAAAGCUGGGCAACGAGGUUGGGUACAGCAUCAGGUUCGAGGACUGCACCUCGGACAGGACGGUGCUCAAGUACAUGACGGACGGGAUGUUACUGAGGGAGUUCCUCACCGAGCCAGACCUGGCCUCCUACAGCGUGAUCAUGGUGGACGAGGCCCACGAGCGGACGCUGCACACGGACGUGCUGUUCGGGCUCAUCAAGGACAUCGCCCGAUUCCGGCCCCAGCUCAAGGUCCUGGUGGCCUCGGCCACGCUGGACACCCAGAGGUUCUCGGCCUUCUUCGACAACGCGCCCGUGUUCCGCAUCCCGGGGCGGCGCUUCCCCGUCGACAUCUACUACACCAAGGCCCCCCCGGCCGACUACCUGGUGGCCUGGUCCCCGGCUGUCCCCAGGUCCCACGUCCCCAAAUGUCCCCUGGGUGGCCAGGAGGAGAUCGAGGCGUGCGUGGAGCUGCUGCAGGAGCGCUGCCGCCGCCUGGGCUCGCGCCUGCCCGAGCUGCUGGUGCUGCCCAUCUACGCCAACCUGCCCUCAGACCUGCAGGCCAAGAUCUUCCAGCCCACCCCCCCGGGCGCCAGGAAGGUGGUGGUGGCCACGAACAUCGCGGAGACGUCGGUGACGAUCGACGGCAUCGUCUACGUGCUCGACCCCGGCUUCUGCAAGCAGAAGAGCUACAGCGCCAGGACCGGCAUGGAGUCCCUCGUGGUGACCCCCUGCUCCAGGGCCUCGGCCAACCAGCGUGCAGGCCGUGCGGGCCGGGUGGCCCCCGGGAAGUGUUUCCGUCUCUACACGGCCUGGGCCUUCCAGCACGAGCUGGAGGAGACGCCGGUGCCCGAAAUCCAGCGCUGCGACCUGGGGUCCCUCGUGCUGCUGCUCAAGAGCCUCGGGAUCAACGACCUGAUUCACUUCGACUUCCUGGACCCCCCUCCCCACGAGACCCUGGUGCUGGCCCUGGAGCAGCUCUAUGCCCUGGGGGCCCUCAACCACCUGGGAGAGCUCACCACGCUCGGGCGCCGCAUGGCCGAGCUGCCCGUGGAGCCCAUGUUGGCCAAGAUGAUCCUGGCGUCCGAGCAGUACGGCUGCACCGAGGAGGUGCUGACGGUGGCCGCCAUGCUCUCGGUGAACAACGCCGUGUUCUACCGGCCCAAGGACAAGGUGCUGCACGCCGACAGCGCCCGGGUGGGCUUCCACCUGCCCGGGGGGGACCACCUGGUGCUGCUCAACGUCUACAACCAG